UAAAAAGAUAUGUCCCUCAACCAAAAAAGCCUCACCCUCCACCGCCACUCCGCCACCCCCUUCCGGUGGAGCCUCGGCCGCAGACGUCCUCGGCUCCCCACCGUUCGUGUCGGCGGGAAAAAGUCUCGUCACGGCUUUUCCCUGCCGAGGCUCUAUAAGAAGGCGAAACUCAAGUGGCUUGAGCUCAAGUAUUUGAGCAUGCUAAAAAAGUUGAAGAAUUACUAUAAAGAAUUGGUGAAGGAUGUGAUGCAAGGGAGUGGCACAAUUGAGUCAUAUCAGCAAUGCAUGCUUCUAGAAGCUUCUUUUGGUCUUGGUAAUCCGGUUAUGGGUGUUUCAUUUCAUUAA